ACGUAGGGAAGUUGAGAAGUUGCCUUUGUAUUUUGUUUUUUUUUUUAAGUUUAGGUAGGUAUUGAUAAUAUAAAUUUAAUGUCAUUCUCGUUAUUGUACGUCCGAACUAAUACAGCUAAAUAAAUAAUGAAGACGAUAAUGUUUGUCUAGAUUAAUUUCGAAAACUCUCUUAAAAUGUUUCAUGUUUCGUUUAAACUUAAACUGUACGUUCUCUGGAUAACGUACAUUUUUCUUGGCUAUAUUGUGGUAAAUACGAGCGUGUGAAAGCUUAAUGCUCGCGGUGUUCUUUAUAAAAGUCGCAAAAUAGAAAUUUGGUGUUAAUUUAUUGUGGUGAAUACGACGGUUUAAGUUUUUUCCACCUAACUUUAUCACUAGAGUAUUUAAAUUAAAGUCUAAAUAUAUAUGCCUUGGAGGGAACUAGUCCUUAUAUCUUAGGUACCUAUACAUAGGUACCUAAUGUAUUUAUGUAGUAUUGAGGUAAGGCAAGCAAUGAGAGGUGAUUAAAACUAUGGGAGAUAGUAAAUUAUGUGAUUUACCAAACUGUUAAGUUUGAAACGAACAUACUACCGACAUUAUAUAAGUAAGCAUAAAAUACUUUCGCAUGUUCCUUGCGAAUAGCAUUGAUCCUGCCACGGCACGUCGGUUCUGUGGCGAGCCGAGAGGCUGGCGCAACUUAUUGUGCGUCGUAUGCGGAAAUUGCGGUAGCAGGAAAUACGUUUAAAAGUGCAAAGGCCGGGAGGGAGCCUGGGACCGCACGCUCGGCAGGCAGGCACUUCGGCGGGCAUCGAAUAUGGAUUUAAGAUUAACGAGGCCACGUAAGCGCGGCAACGUCGCGGGGUGUUUACAUGCGGGUGCAGCGGGCGCUCGCGGGCGGUAUCGAUCGCUGGGCGGGGCGCGGGGCGGGGCGCCCGGGCCGGGCGUCAGUACGCGUCGGGGCCGCAUCCGCGCGGCCGUCGCUCGUCCAGCUGCGGCGCGCCGGAGUGACUCCGCGGCCUCGGGCGCCCGGCGGCGGCGGCGAGCCUCGCGCCGCCCGCCCCCGCGCCGAUGCCGCCCGCCCGCGCUCGCGCUCCGCUCCCUGCGCCCGUCCCGCGCCCCGAGGGCCGCGCCGCGCGCGCAGCCUGGCUCCCCGCACCCCGCGCCCGCGUCUGCGUCCCGUGUUCCUCUGGGCGCGCCAGCAAGACGGCCGAGUGCAGGCCGUGCACUGUGAGGACUACGACCCGCGCAACCGCAUCCGCCUGGCGCGCACCCCCAGUGGCUGGCGCGUGAUCCCGCGCACCGAGAUCUACAACGCGAUCCGAGUGCCACCCGCACCGCCGCGCGAGCGCAAGCGCAGCCGCGCCGCCCGCAAGCGAGCUCGCGAGCCGGCCUGGCUCGCCACUCCCGACCUGGAGACCCACAUCCCCUCGCACACCAUCGCGGUGCCGCGCUCGGCCGCGCCGGCGCGUGCGCCCGCGCCGCUGCCGCCCGCGCCUACGCCGCCGCCCGAGCCCACGCCGCUCGACAACCUGCUGGCCGUGGCCGAGCUCGAAUUCAACCAGCAGCGCGGCAAGGACCUCGAGCUGGAGGCCGGCGUGAACGACGCUUACGCCUUCCUGCCCGACGAGGCGGUCGCUAGAGACGUCAUGUCGUUCGAACUCGGUGAACCCCCCAAAACUACCGAGGAUAUAUUCUACGACCGGAAAUCCCAUGGGGAGGAGGACUUUCAGAACAAUCUAGUGGUGCAUAAAGAUUUAUUUGAGACUAUCAGUGAGGCACAUUAUUUGCCGGAGUUGAGCGGGCCUCACGACGAGGCCCUUCUCGAAUCGCUCGUAGAGAAAGGUUGUGAGGACAAUCAAAUCCUGGGUCAGGCGCUGGACAAGCUGGCACACCUGGUAACGGGUGGCGGCGACUACGCAGAGGAGGAAGAAGACAUGCUGUUGAGUGGGGCGCCAGUUGCUGACAUCAUUGACAGGCUGGAACAGUCGCUCGAGUCUCCCGGACGCAGCAGCAUCACUGCAGCACAGGGCCUGCUGCAUUUGCACCACAUCGGAGACCAGCUGCAUGAUAUCCAACCUGAACAACAGACUGUCGAUCAAACUUACAUGUCAGACGAAGUGUUUGUUCCUGAAGUGUCCACGUUAACGUUGACUCCAGAAAGGGAACUUCAGGCUGGUAUGGAAUAUGAACAAGAAGCCGAGAAGACGCUAGAAGACGCCGUUGAAGUGACUGAAUCUAUGUAUACAGAUAUUAGUGAGCCGGUAAUUGAAGAGCAUGAGAAUUACAAAGAGAAUGCCGAAAAGGAACGGCCAAAUCCUACGUUACCAGAAGAUAGUGAGAUUCCCGUGCCAACUGUAAUUACUACAGAUGCCGAAGCGGCUAAAGUUGAUGAGCCAGUAGAAGAAAACGAGGAAGAUAUACUAACGUACAUGCCGAAAGAAGAAGUUACACAGCCGGAAGGCGCUGGAGAAGACUCCGAGAAAGAAACAGAACCGGAAUCGGAAGACCCUUCUGUGUGUGAGUUAGUGGCUACUGAUCUUAGUUUAAAGGCAGUUCAGAAGCAAAAACAGGUGUUAAGUGCAGUGAUAGAAACGAAGCAUGUGGAGGAAAAUGUGACAGUGGAGAAGAGCGAAGAACUUCCGAGGGAUUUGAGUGUGCACCGGAGACUACCGACCCCCCACGCAUCGCCGCGGAGGAUUGACAUCCCGAGGGCACCGUCACGGGAGUCGGACGCCAUGCAGUCCCCUCAGCCUAGUGGCAUCCCUGCCAUACCAUCAUCACCAGAAAUAUUCACGGCGCCGCAAAAAAGUAAACAGACGCUGUUUCUAGAAACGUUACUGUCUUCUCCAUCUCCAAAGAUGUACACGUCGGAAGUUACCAUCACAAAGCAACAAUGCGAGCCUCUUAAUUUAGGUAAACACAGAAAAUCUGCGAGUCCAACCGUCUCCAGUUGCUCAGACGAAAUGAGGAAAUUAAAUAAAGAAUUUGGUGAACCGCAGGAGAAAAGGAUAAAGAAUGAAACGGACUUAGCUAAAAUUAGUAAAGUUUUCAAAGGUUCAAACGACGACUCUAAAAAAUCUGAAAAGUUGACGCAUAAAUCUAAUGAGGAUACGAGUCCAUUAAAACAAUUGCAAAUUUUAAAGACCACUGCAGACUUCAACAUUCCAGAUCCGCUCUUAGUACCUAAAGACAAAUUGAAUCACAUAUUAGCGGCACCCGGGCGAGAGAUUCCAGCCUUACUAAUACAAAGGCCAGAGCUCAGACUACCCGAGGCGUUCGCGUACCCCUCCAUUCUUCAAGACCCAGAUAUACUAGUCAUAUCUUUGUCACAACUUGAAAACAUCUUAGAAAAUGAUGCCAAAAAAUUAUCGAUUCCUAAAGGUAAGGAACCUACAAUGCCAGAGCCUAUAAGAAUGUCGAGUAGCGACCCACCCAAGCCUGAAGUACGUAGUACUACCACUCCAGUGCCAGACCAAACGGCACACCCAAAACCUAUCCAAUUAGAUGCCUUAGCUACAGAUAUAGACGCGGCCACCACGGCGGCGCUCAACCAGAUGUUCUGGCUCCCUUACUUGAAUCAGCUGGAAGUAAUGGCGGCUUGCUCUCAAAACAGCGAAUUCCUAAAAGCAAUGAGUGCGUCUGGCUACUCUGGGCAAAACUAUGCAGAGUUAUCUCAAAUGCUAAAUGCGUCUCGCUUCAUGGGACCCGGAGGGUUCCCAAUGAUGCCACAGAUGGACUACGACAACAGAAUGCAAUUCGCUAUGUGGCAGGAAGCUAUGAAUCAGGCGAACGCGGCUGCGUCCCGGUCGAAAUCGGAAGCCCAGAAAGAAGUGCCAUCAAAAUCUGCUGACGUCCAAAAUCCUUUCGUCCAUUCAACGAAGAAUCAUCAAAGCAAAUCACAGUCACAUUCGGCGGCACGAACUAGCCCGAUCGCUCACAACUACAACAGUAAUCAGCGGUCUAUGGCCCAUAAUCCGUUUUUCCAAAGCAUGUAUCCCGGGAUGAACCCGAAUAUCAGACCAAACAUGCCGCUUCCGGGUCUACAGAUACCGUAUUUCAAUCCAAAUAUGAUGGGGAGCCAAAGAUCACCUCGUACGAGCCAACAGAAGAGCCCAACUUCGCCAUAUUAUCCAAAUAAUAAUUAUUUGCAAAGCGUAAAGCAUUCGGAGGCUACGCAUCAGCGCAGCAGUAGCACGGGGUCGCAGGAGUCUCCACGACCGCGGAUUAGUGUUAAAUCGCUCCAGAACCUUCUGGAGCCAACAGCGGUUGCGGCAUCCGGGGUAGCAGCUCGACGGUCCUCUGUGCCAUCGUCGUCUCUGGGCCGUCGACGGGACGAGCCAGAGGUCGGCAGCACCACACCGCUCGGCGAGCCACCACCGCAUCCCAUGCCGCACCCGCACGACCCAUCAACGUACCACUUGUGGCAUCCACUAUUUGGCAAUCAAAAGGGCUACAACAGCCCGUGGAGUUGGACAACGGUGACCGCGACGGGCGACUGACCGCGCGCCCCGCGCGGGCCGCCCGCGCCGCCGCAGUGAGCAGGGGAGGGGGACGGGGCUGGACGGUUACGUUGGGUUACACUUUGAGGUUAUCUUGUAUUUUGAGGUUACGUUUUGAGGUCAACUUGACAAUUUUGAGGUUAUAAAAUGAAGAUUUGAGGUUAUUUGUAUUGGAGUUUGAGGUUAUGUUGUACUUUUGACUCAUGUUUGAACUUACCUAUGAUUGGUACCUAUACCCAUAUCAAAACCAUCUUAAAAUGAACGCUCCUCCACGAAACACAUCGCAGAAGAGCCUUUAGUUUAAGAUAGGUUUACUCAAUGUGAGAGACUAGACCAGAGACUGUAAGAGUUCGAUAGUGCUAAAGUCAAAUAAACAUACAAGCUCCUAAAAUACUUACCUAUUCAUUUUUAGAACGCAACGUUGCAGUUUAUUUAAUUUGACUUUAAUACUAUAGAAGCAUAAUUGCAUAUUAAAGUUCUCAAAUCGAUUGGAGAAAAGGUCUGAGUCAACAGUGAGUAUUUGUUUUUCUGUAGCUAGCUAACUGUAAAAACUUAUGUUCUCACAAGUAUCAGCAUUAGAACCUUUGUAAUCAUACCAACUUGUGCACAAAAUGUUAAAUUUUAUGCAAUAUCGAAUAGACGUUAGACUAAUCUGAUACUUCGUGAAUAAGUUUAUAUUGAACAACUUAAGAUUGAGGUUACGUUAUGUUAUAUAACUGCUGCGUCUGACUCGACUGGCUCGCGUGUGUAUGAAACUUAUGAAAUUGCGCGUUGACUCUUUACUUGUUUUUACCGAUUUUUUAAAUUAAAAGUCAUUAAGUUUUUUCUACUCGAUUUAUGCGAGCGUUGCAUAUUUUGUAUAAUUCCUAUUGUAUUUCUGAACAAUUUCGCAUCCGCUUUCGACCAGUCUUGUUGUUCGACGAAUUUAAAACGAAUGCUGGUUGUGAUUGUAAAGAUAAUUGUUACAGUUUGGUCGAAAACUGAACGCGGAGUUUUUUAUUUCAUCGUUUUUAAUUAGUUACCUAUUGUUUAGUUAGAGCAGUCGAAGGCUUAGAAUGCGAAUACAAAAUACACCUCUAUGAUCAACAUAUUUUUUCCAUUAAUCUAACAAUUCUAACAUGUGUCGUGAGGAGAUAGAGUGCGAAACCUAUUGAAAAUCUGUAUCAAAUAAAAUUAUACACGGCAACACAUCUAGGUAAACAUUUUCAACUCAAUGUUGCCGGGUAUAUUUUAAUUAGAUUUGAAAAUUUGCUAGUCUACAUACUAAGUCGCAUUUUAAGCUUCAUCGAUGGUUCUAGUUACAUUUCUGUCGUUUAAAAACCCUGGACCAGCUCCAACUUGUGCGAAAUGAUCCGUCCGAUGUUGUUAGACCCCCAGCGCUGCGGCAGUAUCUCUGUUCCGCCGUAUCUUGUGAACUUACCUGCGCUCCGUACAUAUAUAUAAACUUACAUAUCCAGAUAAAUGGGAAAGGCAAUCAUACGUACUUAUACCUAAAGGUUUAAAUUCUAUCAUUCCAGUUGAGAAUUCCUCUUCCUCUCUGGGUUGGAAGAGUUGUAAACCGCUUUCUUAAAACAAUGUGGCUGUGCUAUGCCAUGACUUGAGAUAAGAAAAGAGAGAAGAAAUGUUAUCAACUUAUAAUAAACGUUUGACAUUUGAUUGUUGAUAAUAACGCCAUCUGGUGGCGAACUUGAUUGCCUUUCUGACCAUGUUAAUGUUUCAAAAUCACCAGAAUAUUAAAAUAAGUACAUAUAAAACGCUUUUUAUGUUAAACAAGAAUAUUAUUAAGCUUACAGUUUACGAUAUUGAAAUGUUGUACUAACUUAUAGUUCGAACACAACGAAGACACGAUUCAGAGAUCAUUUGUAAACCGUGUUGCUUUCAAACAAGGUCGACUUUUGAUCUCAUAAAUGUUCUUGACAACAGUAUAGAUAUGUCACCUGACGAAGGCAAGUGGAUUUAAUGAAAUUAAUUAUAGUUAAAAGAGUUAGAAUCAGCUCCUUCGGAAAAUGAACUAACCAUUUAGCUGACUAGAUACAAAGUCUAUCAUUUAACAACCUAGCGAAGUUAGUACAUGUUUAACGUUUUUUACAUAUAUUUAAAGUUAGAACACUGUCCGUGAACUGUGCAAUUAGAAAUAAUUCCAAAUAGGAAAACGCAGUUGAGUUCACACGGCGCGCGCUUUACUGGAAAGGAAUUGUAUUACCUGUUAUAGGAAACCCACCUUCAUGAGUAUCUACAUUCGUAUUUUACGUCUAUGCGGCCUUCACAUUAACAUGUAUAACGCUUAAUAUAUUUGUAAAUUGAGCAAAUUAGUUACAGUACUUUUACGAGGCUUUGGUAUUAGUUUCAGCUCAAGAUUAUAAUACUUGGUAGGUACCUAAAGGUUUGAAGAUUCUGAAACCAUGGUAUUAUUUGCAUAAGCUGUUGGUAACUGUUCACGGUUAUAAACUGCCUAACUAUGAAUAAAAACAAAAGGUGUGUACCAAGUUGAACAUUCUAAACUAAUAAAUAGCAACACGCUUUCCUGAGCUUUUCUUGAACGAGUAGAUAGAUAAUACUCAUUUCACGUUAAUGUGGAGGCUCGCCUUGUACUGUGCUAAUAAGUUAAAUGUAUUAUAGUGGGAGUUAAUAAAUUGGUGCGGUAUACUUGUAUAAAUAUAAUAAAUAAUAUAGAUAUUUUUAUAUUUAUUGAAACUGGCAAAACUCAACUCGUUUAGACAGCUUUCCUCUAUCUACAAUCAUUUCCAACACAACUAUACCGUACCGUGCGUUGUCUCCUUUCAUAGAGUAACGUGGCGAAUAAAAAUGUAGAUGCUCAAAAAUACCAUAUCCCUAAAUGUAAGGUGCAUACCGGGAGUAAAGGCGUCAAGUGUAGUCUAGAAACUCUAAAUCGAAUUAUUACUCUAAUAUUUAGAGUUUCUAGUCUACUUAAAUUUAGAAAAUAAUUUAUUAUUAGUUGUGAUAUUUAUGACAAGUAACGCGGUGGAGACUGCGAUAGUUCCAAAUGAGUGCAAUCUGGUACGGACUGUAUGUAUGUAUUACUGUAGUUAGAGAAGAGGUUAUAAUGCAUUUAUUUAUACGCAGGACUGGCUGGUUGCAUUUGGAAAUGUAACUACUUACUCGAAAAUAGUGACGUUUGUUGCUAGAGAAUUUAUGAAAUCUAGACAUGUGUCCAGCAUGCUGACCUGUUUUAGUUAAAAUUAAGUAUUUAUUAAUUAAAUUCAGACUAAGGAUUACGCUUACAUUUUUGGCACUUUUUGUAAAAUAGUUAAUGUUGAUUAGCGGGCUAAGAUUAAGUACCUUAAGCUUGUGAAUAAGCCGUGUUUUCAAAUGCAACCCGCGUUUCUCUUAUUUUAAGUAACUUCUGUUAACUCUAGGCAACUUGUGGCGUACUUAAAAGUUCGUGGAAACGUACUUAUGCUUGUAGAAAUUCAUCAGAAGUUUUCUCCAAUAUUGCGUGCAGUGAGAAAGUUGAUAAGUUGUAUUGAAGUGGCCAAGCUCUCUGAUAAGAAAACUUCUUGCCAAGUUUCUAAGUUACUUAAGUAGAUACUUAUCAAGAAACAUUACUUUCUCUAUACAUUUGUUAUUGUUUUAUUACCUUGAAAUGUAUCUAUUAGUUAUAAAUUUCCGGGCGCACGACUGUAACGCCGCUCAAAGGGCAGUGAGCACGCUUGGAUCGAUUCAUAUAUCCAAGCAAACACUUGGCGAUUAUUUAAAUUGAAUAUCGUAAUUUGCACUUUUCGCAUUAUACGUAAACGAAUUUGACGGUACGACACAAGUUGCAGCCGGUCCGAACGCAGCGUUGAUCAGAUCUCUUUCACUCUCUAAGUGUUAAAUGUAGCGACCGUUAUCUAGUGCUCAGUUCGGACCGGCUCACUGAGAUCGAACAAUACCCAAUACCCAACCAACAAUGAAUAUUUAUCGUUAGCGUCUAUACAGGGUGUUCUUUUAGUCACCUGGAAUAUGUUAAGGGGUGAAUAUAUAGGUCAUACUGAGCUACUUUUACCAUGAGUCCAACCCAGAAAUCGUGAAAGAAAAAUUGGCUAUUUUAUACAUUUUGGCUAAUCUGAUUCUGAUGUUGAUAUUUUGUAUGAGAGAGUUAAUUUUAUUUCGCGAUUUCGGGGUUGGUCCCAUUGUAAAAGUUGCUCAAUAUGACCUAUGUAUUCACCCCCUAAAUUAUUGAAGGUGACUAAAAAACACCCUGUGUGAACCGUAUUGAUAACAAAAACUGCAAUAAGUAGACAAUUGAUAAUGCACAUCCAUUUUAUUAUACUGACAAUUUGAAAAAGGAAACUGGAUAUUAUUUGAUCUCAGAUCCCUUUACUGUAGAUGAAACGAUGUGUUUCACAAAUUCUAGUGGUUUAAUUCGCCUCACAGAAAUAUAUGUGCAAAAAAUAUCUGGGAAAAAUUUCAAGACAAGUGGUUGCUGCCAUAGCUAUUAAAUUAAGAUACUUAAGACCAUCAUACAUUUGAUCCACUUGACCAGGAUAUUUACACUUUAAUUAAAUGUAUCAGUCCAAAACUUCACGCCACUAGAAUCAAGAACACAAUCGUUUCAUACCCUUUUGUGCAAAAAAAGCUAUUUAUUUCGUUAUUUUUUAAGUUUUCGAUGAUUUUAAUUGUUCUCGUUACUUUCCUUGGGAAUCUUUAUCGAGUAGUAUUAGUAAGUACAAUUUUGAGCAGUAAAGGGCCCGGGGCGCCGGUGGACACCGGGUACUUUUCUAGUGUACAAUUCCAUUUUUUCUAAACAGCUAAAUGUGCGCUUGGUGAUAAUCUAAGAUGGUAGUGGUAUCUUCAAAUUUUAAAAAAUGGGAGUCCGCGAACUACUUUAAAUAUCAAUCGAGUCCUUUUUGGGCAUCAAUAGUGCUGCAUAAAAGUGCAUAAUCUUAUCAUAAUUCCACAUAUUUUGAUAAUUCUACAAUAAAUGGUUCCUAAAAUGUUUACCAUCCACAACCUCUUAGAUAUCUCGGGUAGCAACCGGGCCCUUGUCGUUAAUAUAAUCAUUCGUGGUAAUCACUAUUCCAAAAGUUUCCUGAUGUAAUUUAUUGAGUCGGAUUAAAAAAAUACGCUUCUAAAGUGUACUAUGACAUAUGUAAAUAUAGGACAAACUAAUAUUAUAAUAGUGAAUGUUGUAAUUUGUAUAUAAGUAACGAAAAUUAAAUUUUAAAUACAUAGAUAACAUUGUGCGUA